AUGAUUUCAAUUGCAUCAAGCAACAACCAUUUAGACAAUAAUCAUCCACUUUAUCAUAUUCCUGACCUUAGCGAGCUCGAAACUGUGCUAACCAUCAACGGGCCUUUAGGAGAGCUCCUAAGCCGUAUGACACAGUGGUUGGAAACAGCUCACAUGACAGCCUUCAGUAUUGAACAAAGUAUUAUACAAAAUGAGCCCUUCCUAGAUACCCCGCUUCUUAAUGCAAUCAUCACUCUUAGUAAACAAAAGAUGCAGCCCUUGAUGCAACGUCUUACUGAAUGGAUUGACUGUCAGCACGAACCAUUACAUACAGCAACUAAACUUCAAUCUGAAUGGUCUUCACUCCAACAUUAUGUUGCCUUUGUCAAACAACGACUUGAUCAAUCCUCCUCUAAAAACACAUUACGUGUACAGAUGGAGACGAUUCUAGCCCAAAUCGAUGAUCUCUCGACCAUGAUAUUUGAAUUUCAGGAACGACGUCAACGACAAACGACACAGGAAAAUAUAUUGGUCGUGAUUGAUCAAAAGGUCGUCCCGCUGUUUGGAGAGGUAGAACGAGUGUAUGUGAGAAUGAUGCAAGCACCACCUGAGGAUCCUACAGGUGUUUUAACACGCAAACAUCAAUAUGUACAGGAUAGAUGGGAGGAUCUACGGUUGGAUAUUGAUGAACUCAAGUUGGAGCUCAAAGAAGAUCGAUGGUUGAUGGUCUUUAGACAGAUUGCGGAUCAAUUAGAUGAUAUGAUGAAUGGACUUGAGAGGGCUGCGUCUGCAUUGAACGAGAGUCGAACACGAGCAUCUGAAAAGAAUUUUGAGGCAAAAUAUAAAUGCUUUGCACCCUCGAUUACAAAUAUGCUUAUGAUGUUGGGCAACGGUAUUUCAGCUCGUGUCUCAACACGGAAUGACACGACAACCAUGCAACGACAUGGUACUAUGUUGGCAAGAUGGCAACAACUGAAGGCAACCAUGGAACAUGUACGUCGACGUGAGUUUUCAGACAGUGAUGGAUCCUCACGUUUAAGCGAUCGAAGUGACAGCACUGGAAGUGUUGCACCACGCUUCUAUCACAAUAGGUCACCCCUUUUGAUGCAACAACGUUGGGAUGAACAUCAUCAACAACAACAACAACAACAACCAGUGAUGUCAAGAAGUAAAAGUCCUUAUAAGGCAAGCCCAUCACCCCUUUUGACAGAAGCUAAAAGUCCCAUCUUACGACACUCACCAGGCUCACCCAUGAUGAUCAGACGAACGACAAGUCCCAUCAGUCCCUCACAUAGUAAACGUACUACAAACACUAUUAUCAAUUCUAGGUUACCUGAAGUGAAUGUUGUUGUUGGUGGUGAUGACGAUGAUGAUGAUGAUGAUACUAUUACUACUCACCAUUUUCGAAAUACUAAUCAAAAACAACCAACCACUUUUUAUUCAGCUACACCACAACCUCAUAAAAGAUCAGUGACACCCUCACGUCGUAGCGGGACACCUUCAAUGAUACCACGACCUAAAACGCCGAAUAAAUUUCGACCACGGUCUUCUAUGGCCCGUAUUACGACGACGACGACAACAACAACAACAGCAACAACAGCACCACCACCACUACCACUACCACUAUCUUCUUCUUCACACAUGUAUCGACCCAAUCCAAAGGAUCCUUUAGAUGUUGAGAUUGCUAUGAUCAUCAAUAGAAGUCCAGUCCCAAUUCAAUGUUCUAAAAAACACACACAAGACAAUCAAGUAUGUGGAAAGGAAGGAGAGUAG